UAGAAAACAAACACACAACAAUGGAUUACGAUUACAGAAACAAGUCUGGUGGUCCUUCUUACCCUCGACCUAUGUAUGGACCUCCAUCAACAUCUCCUUCUCCGUCAUCUAACCAUCCUAUGUACGGUUACCCUAAGAUCGGUCAACAAACCGGUCCCGGCCCACAGUUUUUCUCUCCGCCGGAGAGAAACUCUUCGUUUCAACAUAACACUUCUCCUUCAUCUGGAAUAGGAAUCAGAGUGAAUUUGAAGCCUGAGUAUCGGAUUACUCCGCCGCCUCAGUUGUUGCCUCGAGUAGGAGAUAUUCAUCGGAGUAGUUUUCAGUUCGAUUUCGGAUUAGAGAGGAAAGUUCUCGCGGAGGCAGAGAAAGAUAAUCCAGAUUGGAGUAAAUUUGGGAGUGAGAAUCCACCGGCUAAGUUUCAUGAACCAUCACCUUCUUCAGUGGGUCAAAUGCAGGGUGUAGAUCAUGUAGUGAUGAAAUAUACUGCUUCUGGGCUCAACAGAGAAGCUGUCAACAUAGCUGUUGCAAACUAUGGUGAUAAUCCCACAAAGGUUCAAGAAUUUGCAAAUGGGUUCACAGCGAUACGGGAGAUGGGUUUUCCGACAAACGCUGUUGCAGAUGCUCUCUUCAUGUUUGAGAACGACACUGAUAAGGCAUUGGCACAUUUGCUCCAUGGUUCUUCCUAAAUUUGGCUUUCAACUCUUUAUCCUAUAGUUUAUUCAAGUGAACAUCAAGUUUGAUAACAUAAAGAUUGGUAAAGUAUAGAUUAUUGGGUUUUACUUGCUGUAAAUGAAUGAUUAUUUUUUUUGGAGUUUAACGUUUGUCGGUAAGAAUAUCUAUUCCCACAUCCAAAUCCUAGACUUCGUAUAAUGCAAUGCCAAUAAAAUGGCAAGUUUAGAAUACAUAGAUGAAAUGGUGUAAUUAGCUUUCUUC